AUGCGUUUCACUGCUGCUCUCGCUCUCGGCGCUGCCGUCGCCGUCACGGCCCAGUCCUCCACCAGCAGCGCCGAUGCUCCCAGCUCUUCCCAGGAGACUUGCCUGAAGAACUGCGGCCUCGACGUCAACUGCAAGGCUCACUGCAUCACCGUUCCUUCGCCCAACGAGGACCAGGUCAACAAGACCACCCAGUGCGCCGCCAAGUGCCCCCAGGGCGACGGCAGCCCCUCCGACACUGACAAGUACGCCAAGUGCCAGCAGGACUGCAUCAAGCAGUACUACUACAACACCGAGUCCGGCACCCCCGACAACGGCGCCGCCAACACCGGCUCUGGCUCGGCUGGCUCCUCCGCGUCCAGCGCCGCCACCGGUGUUAGCAGCAGCCUCAGCAGCGCCGCCAGCUCUGCUUCCUCCGCUGUCUCCAGCAUCGUCAGCUCUGCUUCCUCUGCCAUCUCCAGCGGCGCUAGCUCCGCCUCCUCUGCUGCCUCGAGCGCCUCCAAGACUGAGGGCAGCUCCUCCGGUUCGCAGACCUCCGGCGCCAGCUCGACCCCUUCUGCCACCGGGAACGCCGCCGCCAGCCUGACUGGUGCCUCGGCCACUUUCUUCGGCCUCGUCGCUGCUCUCUUUGCUCUGUAA